CUUUGGUUGCGGAGAUUAUUGGCAUUGCUUUGCCUCAUUUUCUUGAGGGCUUAUCUGAAAAAGCGUCUGUUGAUUUAUUAAUGAAAAUGGCUUGUGGUAAACGAGAGGAAAUACAAGAUCCUGAAAUGCUAGCUAUCGCUGAAGAGAUAGCUAGAAAAUGCUCUGGAGUACCAUUGGUUGUUCGAACUGUUGGGAGUUUACUAUUUUUUAAGAAAACUAAAUUCGAAUGGUUACAUUUCAAAGAUUAUGAGCUCCCAGAUGUGUCUCAAAGGGAAGACCACAUAAAAUAUGCUCUUAGGCUAAGUUAUGACCAUCUCCCUUCACAUUUGAAACAAUGUUUUGCAUUUUGUUCACUGUUUCCCAAAAGUUAUGAGAUGAGGAAGCAGACUUUGGUUAAUCUUUGGAUGGCAGAAGGAUUUAUCCAGCCACCAAAUAGAAUUCAACAUUUAGAAGACAUUGCUCAUGGAUAUUUCAUGGAUCUACUUUGGAGUAACUUCUUCCAAGAUUUUAAAAAAGAUCCAUACACGAAUGAGGAGACUUGUAAGAUGCAUGAUUUGAUGCAUGAUCUAGCCUGCUUGGUUGCAGGGAAUGAGUGUUGGGUGGCAUGGGAUGACACAAAAUCCAUACAUGAAAGAACUCGUCAUAUAUCUGUGGGUGACCUUCCAAUCUCACGCUUGAAAGUAAGAUCCCUAAGAACAUUUCUUUCUGCUAUGCCUCGACAAAGAAGUGAAGGAGAUCUAUGCCAACUUAUGCAAAGUUUCAAAAGGUUGCACAUCUUGGAUUUGCAUGACACAUAUGUCAAGAAGGUGCCAACUUCCAUAUGUAAGUUGAAGUAUCUCACUUAUCUCGAUCUGUCUAGAAAUCGGGCACUCAAAAGGCUUCCUAACUCCAUUACGAGAUUGCAAAAUUUGCAAACACUUAAUCUCUACGGUUGUCAUUACCUUGAAGAAUUGCCAAGGGGCAUAAAGAAGUUAGUCAGCCUUCGAAAUCUAGACAUAGGUGCUUGUUGGGAACUUAGUUAUGUGCCACGAGGACUAGGGCAAUUGAGCUCUCUACAUAGGCUAACACGCUUCAUUUUGCCCCGAGAAAAAGCUCUUACUAAGAAUUAUUGCGGACUUGGGGAGCUAAAUGGGCUUAAUAAUAUUCGGGGAAGCCUUUGCAUUGAAAAUUUGGGAAGCGCAGUAAAUGUAGUAGAAGAAUCCAGGGCUGCAAACUUGAUAGGUAAGCAUUCUUUAGAAUCUUUAGAGCUUCAUUGGAGUUAUCUCCGUGCUGAUGAUGUAAUGAUUGGGGAUAGAGAUGAAGCUCUAUUAGAUGGAUUGCAGCCGCACACAAAUUUGCAGAAGUUGAAGAUCACGAAUUAUACAUGCGAGAUCUUUCCAAGGUGGAUGAUGGAUAACCUUAUGUUUUCCUUGCCAAAUUUAGUCGAGUUAUGCUUGGAGCAUUGCAGAAGAUGUAAACAUCUCCCUCCACUGGGCCAACUACGUCACCUCAAGACUUUAAAGAUUAAUCAUCUGACUGAAUUGGAAUGUAUCAAGUCAGACCAUUCAUUCACUUUAACAGCAUCAUUUCCUAGUCUAUUGACAUUAAGUAUUGAAUACUGUGAAAAAUUGGAAGUCCUACCACGAACUCCAAAUCUUGAGGAUUUAGUUCUAAUUGAGUCAAACCUAGCAUUGAUAAAUCAUAUGCUUGGCCUUAACAAGUUGAAGAGGCUAGGCAUCUGGAGUAUGGAGUUUCUAGAAUGUUUGCCUGAGAAUUGUUUGAAAAGUCUCACCUCACUUGAGUCUCUUCACAUUAGUGGAUGUCCUUGGUUAACUUCCCUCUCACUCGGUAUGCAACAUCUAUUGAGCCUCAGGCAUCUCUCUAUUGGGGAUUGUGAGAAGCUUGAUUUAUCCAAAGAUGAAAGUGGCAACUUCUUGGAUUUCCAUGGACUUCAGAGUCUCCAGUCUGUGGCAAUCUUUAACCUUCCCAGAUUAGCAUCUAUUCCACAGUGGCUUCUACAGCUCGGCAAUCUUGAGCAUCUCAAAAUUUCUGAAUGUAUAAAUUUGAAGGCUAUAUCAGAGCAGAUCGAGGCCCUUCAAUCACUUCGACAGCUUGAAAUCUUCGAUUGCCCCUCGUUGACAUCAUUACCUGAAGGAAUGCGAAAGCUUACAUCCCUAACUCGCUUAAGAAUCUUCCGUUGCCCAAAAUUGGAGGAGAGAUGCAAAAGAGAUGCAGGCGAGGACUGGUACAAGAUUGCUCAUAUCCUGAACUUAACUCACGAGCUCGAUGAUUUUGACUAGAAAUUCCCCACCAGGGUAAGUGGACAGAUCGGUGAAAGGUUUGGACAGGUUUAAGUAUAUUGACGGGGUGUGGAAACAUCGCUUUAUUCCCAAAUGUGCAAGAAAAAUGAUGAAAAUUCGUACUCGUCUUCCAACUGCAAGCUCAUUAAAUCUGGCUCAUGACUCAUGCUAUAGAUAUAAUGUGCAAUCUGCUUAUUUGAUUUCACAAGGAGCGAAAUGCCUGCACAAUCCGAUGCUUCUGGAUAACUCUCUUCAUAGAUGAACUGAUGAAAUGCUUCUCUGGAGAAUGGCUGCCGGUUUGCUUCCCUUAAAAUUUAUUAUCUCUAUGCGUUCUCAUGGAAUCGGAGGUUCUAGUAUAGAUCUGCCCAGCAAAUCUAGGAUAUGCUGUUCCAAUACUUGGUUUGUUGUUCAGCCAUUCUGCAGAAGUUCUUAGAUGCCGUGGUGUUGGGGCUGAUAGGUUAUUUGGCCGAGACAUGUUCGAUGCUCACUCUAAGGCUUGCUUAUAUGCCAGUAUCGAUAUUAGUGGCACCAAUGGAGAGGUGAUGCCAGGCCAGGUACUAUUUGACCUCCAUCUUGCCUGUUUUGAAAAGGAAAAAAAAAAAAGCACAGAACUGUUGCCAUCAACACUGACUUCUAGGGUGCAGUAAGAAUACUAAGUGGGACCAAGAGUGGGAAUUGAAGCGGGAGAUCGCACAUGGUGUUCGACAUGCCUUCUUGAGGUGAAAUUUCAAUUACUUCCUUAAGAAAAUAAUCGAAUGCCAUUAACAGCAAAGAUAAGAAGUGCACAUAGACGUAUUCUACAGUAUUCAAGUACUUGAUUGUUAUUGUUGCUCAUAAAAUAGAGAAUUAUUGAGCAAGUUGGUGUUGUCCUCAGGUUAGAUUUAAAGCCGAUGGAGGUAGCUGACUUCACUGUCACCAUUUACGCAAUAUAUUACCCCA